AUGCGUCAUAUGUCAAAGGAUCAACAAUCUACCCUAUCACCCAUUGAUUUCAUUCAAAACGGAAUCAAUCUGGCUUAUCCGGUGGAUCCAGUGACCAGUGAGGAAAUUCAGGACGAAUCGUUCAUACCACCAGCACAGAAGGUAGCACUAAAAACACGACUAGAGGCUGAAAAGGCCCUCAAAAGCUCGUGUGAAAUCACAAACAAGUUCUGGGAGAUAUGGCGAAAGCAUUAUGUUACGUCCCUGCGAGAACACCACCAAGCCAUGAUCACACAAGGGAAGACUACAAACAUCCAAGACCGAAAAGGACAUAAUCGCAGUAAAUCAAGAAGUCGAACGUUUGUUGAAGAAAGAGCGAAGAAAUCAUCGGGAAAUACCGUGAAAUGGAAGAAGCGUUCGCAGGAAAUACUACGUCACCAAAUAAAGCCUACAACAAACGACGUCAUAUCGAUCAGCAGCUCACAGAAAGUGCCAAGGAAAGCUACAAAUUCGCAAGGAAUAUAUCUCGGACCUCCUGUGGGAUACGUAUGA